UUCUAAGAUUACUUGACUAUAAGUUUGUUACUGUUAACUAAUAAUAUUAUUAAUAAUACACCAAUAAUAAUAUUCUUGCAAACUAAGCAGUAAAGCAAGUUAUUUAUGUAACUACUUAUUUUAUGAUCAUAGUUUUUACAAUAAUGCAUUUUCUAGUCAAAGGCAUAUUCAAUCAAUAUUUCAUUUUUUAUAUAGUUCUACGAAUUCGGAAUAUGGAUGGUUACCUGGUCGUGAACAAGAAUUUGAAAAUAUUUAUACAUUCAUACUCAAUAAACUAUCUCAAAAUUCUGGCGGGUAUAUUUUUUAUAGUUUUGUAUUUUAUGUGUAAUACUAUUUAUUUUCACUAUUGUACCUUUCGGAUAAAAAUUUUCUUAGAAAAUGAAUUAAAUAAAUGUAGAAAGCGGUUUAGUUCACUGAUAUAGACGUUUAAGUUCUCAACGAUAUCUGGUCAUGACCUCAAACUCAUUACGUUUCUAUAAAUAAGCGGAGAAUAUCCAUAUUCUGCUACUAAUACUUCUAAACAAAUUAAUAUAACUUCUGCUUAAUGUACUUUUCUUUGUAACAGUAGUAUAAACAUAAUAAAUCUAAUUUUACUUUUCACAACUUUGCAAUUAACACAGGCUAAUACAUCCCGACUUCUAUGUGAGCUACCGCUAUAUCUGUUUAUCUGUGAAUGUAAUAUUAUUUGUAUUAUUCCCAUACGUGAAGUGGGAUCGUUCUUUGUUAAUAAUUCUUUUCGAACUUUGUUGACAUGUAUAUCAUGUUUCUUUUUAAUAUAAUUUCGUUAAAGCUGUAUGUAUAUAUCUGGUAUUCCGGGUACUGGUAAAACAGCAUCAGUUCAAGCGGUGCUGUCAACGAUGCAUAAAUUGGUUGUUGAUUCAGGUUUGGAAAGCCAAAUACCCACAUUCCAAGUAAUCUAUGUUAAUGGCAUGCGUGUCAGUGAUCCUAAGCAGGUUUACGUGGAGAUAUAUGAACAACUAACUGGUUUAACUGCAACUGCAAAAUGUGCUUCUGACUUGUUAGAAAAAGAAUUUUGUCAUAAUGUAAUUAAAAAAGUAUCUCAUAGUAAAGUUUCUGAAAAGCCAGUUGUUUUAGUCAUUGAUGAAUUGGAUUUGUUAUGUACUCGUCGACAAGACAUACUCUACAGUCUUUUUGAUUGGCCUACACGCCAUAACAACCAUCGUGUUUUAAUAGUAUUGGCUAUUGCCAAUACCAUGGAUUUACCGGAACGUUUACUUCAUCCACGAGUAGCCAGUCGUUUAGGCUUAACUAGACUUACUUUCGCACCUUAUUCUCACGAACAACUUGCUCAAAUUGUGCGACAUCAUUUAUCGUCUUUAUCAAAUAUGUUUCAGCCUAAAGCACUUGAAUUGGCUGCACGUAAGGUAGCUGCUGUUUCUGGUGAUGUGCGACGUGCUCUUGAUAUCUGCAAAAGAGCUGCUGAAAUUGUUUCAUCUAUUGGGAAAGGUAACAAAGAAAUAGAUAUUUCGCAUAUCAAUACCGCUUUAAAAGAGAUGUUCACUACACCGAAAUCAGAAGCUAUAUGUGCUUGUUCAUUAUAUGAGAAACUGUUUCUUCGUGCUGUUAUAGCUGAAUUUCAGGCGCGUUCAACAGAAGAAGCUCGAUUAGACCGGUGUAUUCGUCAAAUGUUUGCACUUUGUCGACUUGAAGGUGUUCCAUGUCCAACUACAUCAGAAGUAUUUGCUAUUUGUGCUAGUCUUGGAGCUCAUAAGCUAUUGUUAACUGAAAGAUCGCGAUGCGAUAUUUCAAUGCUUGUCCGUCUCAAUUGUACAAAGUCGGAUGUAUUAUACUGUUUAAAUCAACAACCUGACUUAUAAAUCUAAAAUAUACUGAACGAAUUACUCUAAACUUAGAAAGAGAUGUUUUAAUGGACGAUUAUCCAACCAAUCAUCUGUAUGUUCGAGAUUAUAUUUGUAUUUUUCAUUUCAAAAACGACAUACUGAUGUUCAUGCAUUUCAGUAAAUUUGUCGGUAUUAUAUUUAAUUGAUUCUAGUCCAUGUUUACAACUUUACCAUGGAUAAAAACUAAGAAUUUUUAUUUGUUUUUUUAUGAAUCAAUGCAGUUAAUAAACUAGAUUAGAACUAGUUUAGCAUAUUUCUAUUAUAUCUAUUAAAUAAGCGUUAAUUAACUCUCCCAUUUCUCGAUAAUCCCACAUAUUUCUAAAUUCUUUUCUUAAAUCUGCUCAAAUCACUUUUUACUGACAAAUUUUUUAGUUGCAAUAUGUUAUUGUUUUAGGCCAGCUUUAACCGAACGAAAGUAACUAUAAAUUUAAAUUCAUCUUCCUAAUGAAUAGAUGAUCGUUUUCAUGUUUCUUCUUAAAAAUGUUUGCUUUGAGUCAUUCUACAACAGUUUCAUAGCUAAGUUGUCAUCUAAAGAACGCUAUCUCAUUGAAAUCUGACAUAAAAAACGUUAAUU